CUUUAAUGUAGGGGAAUGAAACUCGCGACCUCCUAUAUGCCCGUAUUGAAAAUUGGCAAAAAGCUCUAUGAGGGUAAAACAAAAGAAGUCUAUGAAUUGUUGGAUAGUCCAGGAAAAGUCCUUCUGCAGUCCAAAGACCAGAUUACAGCAGGAAAUGCGGCCAGAAAGAAUCACCUGGAAGGAAAAGCUGCAAUCUCCAAUAAGAUUACCAGCUGUAUUUUUGAGUUGUUACAGGAAGCAGGUAUCAAGACUGCUUUCACCAGAAAAUGUGGGGAGACAGCUUUCAUUGCACCCCAGUGUGAAAUGAUUCCAAUUGAAUGGGUCUGCAGAAGAAUAGCAACUGGUUCUUUUCUCAAAAGAAAUCCUGGCGUCAAGGAAGGAUUUAAGUUUUACCCACCUAAAGUGGAGCUAUUUUUUAAGGAUGAUGCUAAUAAUGAUCCACAGUGGUCUGAAGAACAGCUAAUUGCUGCAAAAUUUUGCUUUGCUGGACUUGUUAUAGGCCAAACUGAAGUGGAUAUCAUGAGUCAUGCUACACAAGCUAUUUUUGAAAUACUGGAGAAAUCCUGGUUGCCCCAGAACUGUACGCUGGUUGAUAUGAAGAUUGAAUUUGGUGUUGAUGUGACCACCAAAGAAAUUGUUCUCGCUGAUGUUAUUGACAAUGAUUCCUGGAGACUCUGGCCGUCGGGAGAUCGAAGCCAGCAGAAAGAUAAACAGUCUUACCGCGACCUCAAGGAAGUAACCCCUGAAGGGCUUCAGAUGGUAAAGAAAAACUUUGAGUGGGUUGCAGAGAGAGUAGAGCUGCUUCUGAAAUCAGAAAGUCAGUGCAGGGUUGUAGUUUUGAUGGGCUCAACUUCUGAUCUUGGUCACUGUGAAAAAAUCAAGAAGGCUUGUGGAAAUUAUGGAAUUCCCUGUGAACUUCGAGUAACAUCUGCCCAUAAAGGCCCAGAUGAAACUCUGAGGAUUAAAGCUGAAUAUGAAGGGGAUGGCAUUCCGACUGUGUUCGUGGCAGUGGCAGGCAGAAGCAAUGGUUUAGGCCCAGUGAUGUCUGGUAACACUGCCUACCCAGUUAUCAGCUGUCCUCCCCUCACAUCCGACUGGGGAGCUCAAGACGUGUGGUCUUCUCUGCGACUACCCAGUGGUCUCGGCUGUUCCACUAUACUUUCUCCAGAAGGAUCAGCUCAGUUUGCAGCUCAGAUUUUCGGAUUAAACAACCACUUGGUAUGGGCCAAACUGCGAGCAAACAUACUGAACACAUGGAUUGCCUUGAAGCAGGCUGACAAGAAAAUCAGAGAAUGUAAUUUCUAAGAAUAUCAUUUCUUGAUGCAAUAGGGGGCAUCCCUAUACAUUUUUAAUUCAGCUGAAGAAAAACAAAAUAGAAAAAAAGAUUUUUCAGCAGAGAAAACAAAAUUGAUAUAUGAAUAAAUGUUUCUCUAGAUAAGCAGAUUAGAAUGUUUGUUUAUAUUAAUAUAGGUAAUUACUGUAAGGACAUUUUAAGAUUAAUUUUUCUAUCAACUGUAUAAUCACUGAGUAGGUAACAAUCAAAGAGACAUUUUAGGAAUGCUGAUAAUAUCCUACUGUAAUGCUCUAAAGUUAUAACUUGACCUGCUAUGUAAGUUUUAGAAAAAUAAAAUGGCUAGUAUAUAUGUUAGGUGAUAAAAGCAACACAGUCAUUCAUUUUAUGGUCUUUACAAAAUCUAAGGGCAUGGUUUUUUAUUUAUAGUUACUAUCUCAAAAUAACAUGUAUUUAUAUUAUCUAUCAUAAAACCCUUAUACAGCUCAGGCUACUUUCAAGCUCUCAGUCCUCCUGCUUUAGCCUCCCUCAUGCUGUUAUUCCAGGCAUAUGCCACAACACCAAGCUUACCAGGCAUUUUUUUUUAAUAAGAAAGUUGAGAUUGAUGCCAUGGAUAAGAAAGAGAAAGGGGCAUAGUGGAAGCCAUCUUCUAGUAUUAAGUAUUAAGCCAGUGAGUACAACCUGUAAAACCUGUAAAAUCACAGAAUAUAAAGAAGUUAUAUGUUCAUUUUUAAAAGGCAACAGUCAAUUUUCUCCACACAAUUCUGUGUCCCCUAAAAUACUGUGAACCUUUGCUGCAGAUGAAAUCUUAACGAAGCCCUUCCCUCUGGCCUACACUGCCUGUGCCUUCCGACCUCGCCACGGCUAACAAGCUGCUGCCUCUCAUUACUUGUUUCAUCUGAUCCCUGAGGCAUGAUUGGCCUAAUCACUCCUUGCUUGAGCUAACACCAAGACAUUCCGACCUUUCUCUUGAUUUUCUUCUUUUAACUUAUUCUCCAAAGUACUGGAAUUUCUUAGUGAUUUUCCCUUGUUUAUUAAUAUUGAAGCAGAGAUACAGCUCAGCGGCACAGUGCCUGCCUAGCAGGUACAAGGUCCUGAGUUCGAUUUCUGAUACCAAAAAAGUUAUUAUUAAUACUGAGUGGGUACUCUUAAUAAAACUAGAUUUACUGACUUCCAA